GGGGGUAAAAAAAAAAAAGACAGUUGGAUCUAGGGUUUGACCGAUGCAAUUUGCGAACCCCAAUUGGGCGUCAAAUCUUCACACACACCACUAGGUGAGAGAGAAACACACACACAUCCUCUGCCCAAAUCAGACGAUUCUUCCGGUUACUUCGCCGUCUUCACCACACCACUGGCCCACACAAUCCGAUUUGCAACAAAAAAAUCAAAAACAAUUGCACCAAAAAAAAAAAAAACAAAAAAACAAUUUACUUUUUUGUAUUUUAGAGAGAAAGUGAAACUGAGUGGAUCGUUAGGAUUUGGAUUUAUAAAUUUAUUAUUACUGUGUGUUCGAUUUUUACGCUCUGCAGUUCUUUUUUAUAUAUAUAGAAGGUGCCGUACACUUUUUUUCAUAAUUGCAUGCAAUCUGGUGGUGGACAUGUGCGGAACACGGUGGCCGGACCGCCGUCAUCUUCUGCGUCGCCGUCGUCUUCGUCAUCUGCGGUAUCGCAGCCACAGUUGGGGUUUGAUCCGGUGAAGCAUCAACAGCAACAGCAACAGUACCAGCAAAGGCAGUCGUUGCAACAGCAGUUACUAAGAAAUCCUGAAGGGAGAGAAGUUAUAUUAGCAUAUCAAGCUGGAAUUCGACAAGGAGUAUUAGGAGGCGGUGCUGCCUCGACUUCCGGAUCUAUGCAAAUGCAACGUGUAGCUCAGCAGCUUAGCCAAGAGGACGGACAAAAUACAAGACAGGGUUUUGAUCAACACAUGACGAACCCAAUGCAACAGGCGUACAUGCAAUACACCCUCCAUACUCAACAGGCCCAACAAGCCCAUCAGAAAUCACCUCCUGGCAUGCCAGCUCAGCAACAAAUGAAACUGGGAAUGAUGGGCAAAGAUCAAGACUUGCAUCAAAGUCAAAUUCAAAAUCAGAAUCAGAAACCGUUUGCUGUUCCGACAUCAUUUGACCAAUUGACGCAAGGGAAUAAUGUAAGGCCGAUGCAAACUCCGCAAGCUCCACAGAGUAUCCAUAACAUGGGAAAUGGUCAAGCGGCAAUGGCCGCUCAACUGCAGGCGAUGCAGGCUUUGGCCCUUGAGCGUAAUAUUGAUCUGUCACUUCCUCAAAAUGCUAAUCUGAUGGCACAACUAAUGCCAAUCAUGCAGUCUAGGAUGCUUGGUCAACAAAAAGUCAACGAAAGCAACAUGGGCUCACAGUCAAAGCCGCAGGUCACCUCUCAACAAGUCGCAAAUGAAAGUUCUCCUCGUAGUGAUGUGUCUGGCCAUUCAGGGUCUACUAAAGCAAGACAGACAAUGUCACCGGGCCAUAUCGGGUCAACAUCAACCCCAAAUACCAUGUUGGUCAACACCCAGCUGCCACCCAGGCAACCGAUUGUUAACAGUAGUGGGAUGUCUUCUAUGCCGCCCCCACAACCGCCUACUAACAUGAGCCAGGGUGUAGAUCGUUUUGGCAAAAACAUGUUAACUGGAUCAGAGUCGCUGCAAAUACAGCAUGCGAGACAGCAAAUAAAUAGGUCUUCUCCACAGUCUGCAGCUUCAUCUAAUGAUGCUGGAUUCAAUAACCCUUUGCCAUCUCAGAAAGUACCGAAACCUCCCCCUGGCUUCACAAAACAGCAACUGCAUGUUCUUAAAGCCCAGAUUCUUGCUUUCAGGCGAAUAAAGAAAGGAGAGAAAACUCUGCCUUUUGAAUUACUUCAAGCUAUUGCACCACCUCCCCUUGAAGUACAGUCGCAGCAAAACAAUGCGCCAGCUGUCAGAAGUCCUGUGGAGACCAAUAGCAAGGAUUUUCAAGCUGUGGCAUUGUCUUCCGGGAUGAAUAAUCCGAAAAGAGAAGCGUAUGAGGAGAAAUCAGCUGCAGGUACAACAGCUAAUGCACAAGGUACAACUUUAAUCAACGAAACACCAUCAGUUACCCUCCCUGCAAAAGAAGAGUGGAGAAAUCCCACAAUUCCUACCAAACAGGAACAUGAGGGGCCCACAGACAAGGGUAAGGAAAUUGCGUCAGGACCUGCGGUUGUCGCACAAUCCGGAAUGACGCAUCAAACAAAGGAUUCGGGUCCUUCUAGAAAGUACCAUGGUCCGUUGUUUGACUUUCCGUUCUUCACUCGGAAACAUGAUGCUUUUGGAUCAAGUAUGAUGGUUAACAACAAUAACAAUCUAACUCUAGCGUAUGACAUGAAGGAUGUUCUUGCUGAGGAAGGUGUUGAAUCGAUUAACAAAAGGAAAACCAAGAGUUUAAAAAAGAUUAAGGGUUUGCUGGCGGUGAAUUUGGAGAGAAAAAGGAUAAGGCCAGAUCUUGUUGUAAGAUUACAAAUCGAAGAAAAGAAACUUCUACUACAAGACGUACAAACGCGUGUGAGAACGGAAGUCGAUCAACAACAACAAGAGAUAAUGGCUAUGCCAGACAGACCGUAUAGAAAAUUUGUUCGGUUAUGUGAACGUCAACGUAUGGAGCUCAACAGGCAAGUGCAGGCUGCGCAAAGAGUCAUCAGAGAAAAACAACUUAAAGCCAUUUUUCAGUGGCGUAAGAAGCUUCUAGAAUCUCACUGGGCUAUCCGGGAUGCACGGACUUCACGUAACCGGGGUGUUGCUAAGUAUCAUGAGAAGAUGUUGAGGGAAUUCUCAAAGAGAAAAGACGAUGAUCGGAGUAAAAGAAUGGAAGCUUUGAAGAAUAAUGACGUUGAGAGGUAUAGAGAGAUUCUUCUGGAGCAACAACAUAGUGUACCGGGUGAGGCCGCUGAGAGAUAUGAGGUCCUCUCGUCGUUUUUAUCUCAAACCGAAGAUUAUCUCACUAAACUUGGAGGCAAAAUUACGGCUGCCAAGAAUCAACAGGAGGUAGAGGAGGCUGCAAAUGCUGCAUCUGUUUCUGCAAGAGCUCAGGGUCUGCCGGAGGAAGAAGUGAGAGCUGCAGCUUCUUGUGCGAGGGAAGAAGUUCUAAUAAGAAAUCGUUUCUCCGAAAUGAAUGCACCCCAAGAUAGUUCGUCUGUUAGCAAAUAUUAUACUCUUGCACAUGCCGUGAGUGAAAAGGUCAUACGGCAACCCUCAAUGCUACGAAAAGGAACUUUGCGUGACUAUCAGCUUGUUGGAUUGCAGUGGAUGCUUUCAUUGUAUAACAAUAAGUUGAAUGGUAUAUUGGCUGAUGAAAUGGGUCUCGGGAAAACUGUCCAGGUUAUGGCCUUGAUUGCUUAUCUGAUGGAGUUCAAAAGCAAUUAUGGGCCGCAUCUUAUAAUCGUUCCAAACGCUGUUCUGGUUAACUGGAAGAGCGAGUUACAUACUUGGUUGCCAAAUGUGUCAUGCAUUUACUAUGUCGGUAACAAAGAUCAACGAUCAAAACUGUUCACUCAAGAGGUUUGCAAUAUGAAAUUCAAUGUCCUUGUGACAACGUAUGAGUUUGUCAUGUUUGAUAAAUCAAAACUUUCGCGAGUUGAUUGGAAGUAUAUAGUUAUUGACGAAGCACAAAGAAUGAAGGACCGGGAGUCAGUUUUAGCCCGUGAUCUCGACAAAUACCGCUGCCAAAGGCGGCUUCUUCUCACCGGGACCCCUUUACAGAAUGAUCUUAAAGAGCUGUGGUCAUUGUUGAAUCUACUGCUUCCGGACGUGUUCGACAAUCGAAAAGUGUUUCAUGACUGGUUUUCACAGCCAUUUCGAAAAGAAGGCUCACACAAUGCUGAAGAUGAUUGGCUUGAAACCGAGAAGAAAGUUAUCAUCAUACAUCGACUUCAUCAAAUCUUGGAGCCUUUUAUGCUCAGACGUCGUGUUGAAGAUGUCGAAGGUUCACUUCCUCCCAAGAUCUCCAUCAUUUUACGGUGUAAAAUGUCAGCUAUCCAAGGUGUGGUUUACGAUUGGAUAAAAGCUACUGGUACAAUACGAGUUGACCCAGAAGACGAGAAACUCAAAGUUCAAAAGAGUUCAAUGUACCAAGCCAAGACAUUUAAGCCGUUAAACAACAGAGCAAUGGAGCUCAGGAAAACCUGCAACCAUCCUUUGCUAAAUUACCCCUUUUUUAACGAUCUCUCUAAAGACUUUCUCGUUAAAUCAUGCGGCAAAUUGUGGGUUCUUGAUAGGGUCCUUAUAAAGCUUCAAAGAACAGGGCAUCGAGUCCUUUUGUUCAGCACAAUGACAAAGCUUUUAGAUAUACUAGAGGAAUAUUUGCAGUGGCGUAGACUUGUGUACAGACGAAUUGACGGUACGACCAGCUUGGAAGACCGCGAGUCGGCUAUUGUUGACUUUAAUAGUCCGGAUACCGACUGUUUUAUCUUCUUGCUUAGCAUUCGUGCAGCUGGACGAGGUUUGAAUCUUCAAACAGCCGACACUGUUAUCAUAUAUGACCCUGAUCCUAACCCUAAAAACGAGGAACAAGCAGUUGCUAGGGCUCACCGAAUCGGUCAAACACGAGAAGUCAAAGUUAUUUACAUGGAAGCUGUGGUUGAUAAAGUUCCGAGUCAUCAAAAGGAGGAUAGUAUUAGGAACGGAGGUAGCAUUGAAUUUGAUUCAGACGAUGAUCUAGCCGGUAAGGAUCGUUACAUAGGAUCUAUCGAAAGCCUUAUACGAAACAAUAUCCAGCAAUAUAAGAUCGACAUGGCUGAUGAGGUCAUCAAUGCUGGAAGGUUUGACCAAAGAACGACCCAUGAAGAAAGACGGUCAACCUUGGAAUCAUUGUUACGUGAUGAAGAAAGAUAUCAAGAAACCGUUCAUGAUGUCCCGUCACUUCAACAAGUCAACCAAAUGAUUGCUAGAAGUGAAGAAGAAGUUGAGCUUUUCGAUCAAAUGGAUGAAGAAUACGAUUGGGCUGAAGAAAUGACACGAUAUGACCAAGUUCCCAAGUGGCUUCGUGCUAGUACUCGAGAAGUCAACACUACUAUUGCCCGCAUGUCUAAAAAGCCCCUGAAGAACAUGUUAUUUACCGAUAAUAUUGGUGUGGGAGACAUUACUGAUAAAAGAAGGGGACGGGGUAAAGGAAAGAAGUUUCCUAAUUACGCUGAGCUGGACGAUGACAUAGAGGAAUUCUCUGAAGCUACAUCUGAAGACGCUCAAAAAUCCGAUGAAGAAAACGGGGAUUCUGAUGACGAUGAAACUACACCGGUAGUGGACAAAGGUCAAUCCGAAGAUGUCCCCGCUGUUAAUAGGUACGAGUUACAUCAUUCUGCGCCACCUGGAUCUACUAGAAACAAUCAUAUGCUUCAAGAAGUAGGUUCGUCGGGAUCAUCUUCAGAAACCAGACGAUUAAUGCCAAUAGCAGUUCCGUCUCUUUCUUCUCAGAAAUUCGGGUCGCUUUCUGCAUUAGAUGGUCGACCUAGCCCUCGUUUAAGAAGGCUGGGUGAUGAUAUAGAGGAAGGUGAGAUUGCCAUGUCUGGAGAUUCACAUGCAGACCUUCAACAAUCCAGCAGUUUGAACCACGAUCAUAAUGAAAACGAACAAGUUUUGCAACCGAAAAUAAAACGCAAGCGUAGUGUUCGGGGUCGACCACGGCCUGCUAUGAACAGGCUGGAUGACAAGCCUGUCGACCGGUCUUCUCCCCUUCUUGGUCAGUCUUCUCACUUGCCCUUUCACGCUGACCGAAGACCACAUGCUAAAACUCAGGCUGACCGAAAGUUGGUUCAAGAAAAUAAUACUUACAAGCAAGAGCAGAGCAAGUUCUCGUCGAAGGCUACUAAACGAACCCCCCCUGCCCGGAAAAUUUCCGGGCAGCCAACAAGAACAAAUUCUGUAUCUAGUCCUUCAGAAAUUUCGAAUGAGCAGUUUAAAGAAAGAUUGGAUGUCAAAGUAAAGAAAGGAAGUGGGCCUUUUGGUGGAACUGUGAUGACUGAUGUUAUCCAAAGAAGGUGCAAAAAUGUAAUUACUAAGAUCCAGAGGAGAAUUGAAAAAGAAGGCCAGCAAAUAAUUCCGUUAUUGACUGAUUUGUGGAAAAGGACUGAAAGUCCCGGAAGCAGUCUUCUUGAUCUAAGAAAGAUCGAGCUGCGUGUUGACCAAAUGGAGUACAAUGGAGUUAUGGACUUGAUUGCGGAUGUUCAAGCUAUGUUAAAAGGCGGAAUGCAGUAUUUUGGAUUUUCACACGAGGUGAGGUCUGAGGCAAGGAAGGUGCACGAUCUGUUUUUCGAUAUAAUGAAAAUUGCAUUUCCUGACACUGACUUCCGAGAAGCCAGGAGCGCCCUCAGUUUCUCUGGCCCAUUGGCUUCCUCAUCUCCGAGAGGGUUACCACUCGUUGGCCAAACCAAGAGACCAAAGCCAAUGAUUGACCACCCAGAGCCCGAACCAAGUCUCUCCCCAAGACCACUCUCUCGUGGGUCCAUCCCUGUAAGAGAAACAAGGUUCGCGAACAGCAGCACCAAGGCUCAGGAAGAACCUAGACCGUUGACCCAUCCUGGUGAGCUUGUAAUCUGCAAAAAAAAGAGAAAGGACAGAGAAAAGUCCGUGCGAGCUGGUCCUGGCUCGCCCAUUGGUCAUGGGACUAGGAACCCGGGUCAAACCAGUCAAACUCAAACAAUUGGUCAGCUGGGAAAUGGGAGGGGAGCUAGCUUUGGCUGGGCUAAACCUGUUAAGCGCAUGAGGACAGAUGCAGGGAAAAGACGGCCAAGUCAACUAUGACGGGUUUGCAGGUUAGCGUAUAGUUAGUAUUCAUUAAGUAGUAAGUACCACUAUUGAAGCAUGUAAUACAAGUGCACUACUGCUUUCGAUAAUAAAAAGUUUUUGUUUUCUCGACAGAUGUUCGAUUUCAGUGAACUGUAAACCCGAUAUGCAAUGAUUUUCUGACUCUUUCGGCUUGUGUUUGUUAAGAGGUAAUCAAGUAACUUGCUAUACACAAUGACAACCCAGAGUGAAAUGCUAACUUAAAAGAACACUUUUUUUA